UCUCCCUGGACUGCACUGCUCACGCCUUCCUGGUAGUCUGAGCUGGGAGAAGUUCACUCCGAUCAGCUGAUCCCAACUGACAACAGGAGAGGAGGAAGCCCGGGAGGCAGAGAAGGAGGAGGGGGGGGGCGAGAUGGAGAUGAGGAUGGAUCCACCGGUGCCCUGAGGAACAGCCCCCGCCCCCGCAGGCGCCCUGCGGUCCCCCGACGCCGCCUUACCGCGGCCGAGCUGCUCCGUGGUAUCCCCUGAAAUAUUGACUUGAGGUUGGAUUAUAUUGCAGAGCUUCUGACCACUCUCUUUCACUACCAAACCCUUGUGGCUGAGGCCCAGCUGAUGAGCCCACCUCAGUGAACCUAUCAGAUCUCUCUCAUAUAGCCAUAAGAGACCCUUUCAAGUUAACUUUGACCACAACUUUGCUUGCACUUUAUGGAGGAUAAAACCAUCAAACCAAAUCAACGUUGCUGCUGACACAGGAAUCUUGGAGGCAGAAAAUUAAAAAUUCCAACAUUCGUGAGUGUGAAGAAUUCUGAUAGGACACCGAAGGUUUGUUUUGUUUUUGUUUUUUUUUAAGGUGUUCAGAAUCCAGUGAAAGUUCUGCAGUCCUCAGACUCAAAAGCCUUUGUCUUCACUCCUGGGGAAAGCCCAGGGACCGGUCUAUGGUGGGUGAUUUCCUUGCCAAUCUGAGUAUGAGUGCUCAGACGUCCCCAGCAGAGAAGGGCCUGAAUCCGGGGCUGAUGUGCCAGGAAAGUUACGCCUGCAGCGGGACUGACGAAGCGGUCUUUGAGUGUGAUGAGUGCUGCAGUCUGCAGUGUCUCCGCUGCGAGGAGGAGCUCCAUCGGCAGGAGCGCCUGAGAAACCAUGAGCGGAUAAGGCUCAAACCUGGCCACGUCCCUUACUGCGACCCCUGCAAGGGCACCAAUGGGCAUUCGCCGGGUAUUAGGCAGAGGGCAGCCGUGAGGUGCCAGACCUGUAAAAUCAACUUGUGCUUGGAGUGCCAGAAGAGGACUCAUUCCGGGGGUAACAAAAGGAGACACCCUGUUACUGUGUACCAUGUCACUAAGGUCCAGGGACUACUGGAGGAAGAAGAGCUGGAUGAGGAGACCAGGAGGAAGAAGAUGACUGAGAAGGUCGUGAGUUUCCUCCUAGUAGAUGAAAAUGAAGAAAUUCAGGUAAUGAAUGAAGAGGACUUUAUUAGGAAAUUGGACUGUAAACCUGAUCAGCAUUUGAAGGUGGUUUCCAUUUUUGGAAAUACUGGUGAUGGAAAGUCUCAUACUCUCAACCACACUUUCUUUUAUGGCCGUGAAGUCUUUAAAACUUCCCCUGCCCAGGAGUCCUGCACUGUGGGGGUGUGGGCGGCAUAUGACCCAGUCCACAAAGUAGCAGUGAUAGACACAGAAGGGCUCUUGGGGGCGACGGUGAAUCUCAGCCAGAGAACACGACUGCUGCUUAAGGUCCUGGCCAUCUCAGACCUCGUCAUCUAUCGAACUCAUGCAGACCGGCUGCAUAAUGACCUCUUCAAGUUCCUUGGGGACGCCUCAGAAGCUUAUCUGAAGCACUUCACCAAGGAGCUCAAGGCUACCACUGCCCGCUGUGGCCUGGAUGUCCCCUUGUCCACCCUGGGCCCUGCUGUUAUCAUUUUCCAUGAGACUGUGCACACUCAGCUGCUGGGCUCUGGUAAAAGCAUGGAUAGUCCCUCCGUUAGCACAGGAGUGAAGGCAGAGUAUACGGACAUGGUUGCAGAGCGUGGGGCUCUCUGCCAAGUGCCUUCAUGUGUCGCCUUCCCUCCUCGGCAGGCACUGAGUGACCGCUUCAGCGGUGAGAUUCCUGAUGACCAGAUGGCGCACAGCUCCUUUUUCCCAGAUGAAUACUUCACCUGCUCCUCCUUGUGCCUCAGCUGUGGGGCUGGAUGUAAGAACAGCAUGAAUCAUGGGAAAGAAGGAGUCCCUCAUGAAGCCAAGAGCCGCUGCAGAUACUCCCACCAGUAUGACAACCGAGUUUAUACCUGCAAGGCGUGCUAUGAGAGAGGCAAGGAGGUCAGCGUAGUGCCCAAGACAUCCGCUUCCACGGACUCCCCCUGGAUGGGUCUCGCAAAGUAUGCCUGGUCUGGGUAUGUGAUCGAAUGUCCCAACUGCGGCGUGGUCUACCGGAGCCGACAAUACUGGUUUGGGAACCAGGAUCCUGUGGAUACGGUGGUCCGGACAGAGAUUGUGCACGUGUGGCCUGGGACUGAUGGAUUUCUGAAGGACAACAAUAAUGCUGCCCAGCGCCUCUUGGACGGGAUGAACUUCAUGGCUCAGUCGGUGUCUGAGCUUAGCCUUGGGCCCACCAAGGCUGUGACUUCCUGGCUGACAGACCAGAUUGCCCCUGCGUACUGGAGGCCCAACUCCCAGAUCCUGAGCUGCAACAAGUGCGCUACGUCGUUCAAAGAUAACGACACCAAGCAUCACUGCCGCGCCUGCGGGGAGGGCUUCUGUGACAGCUGUUCGUCCAAGACCCGGCCCGUGCCCGAGCGGGGCUGGGGCCCUGCACCCGUGCGGGUGUGUGACACCUGCUAUGAAGCCAGGAAUGUCCAGUUAGAUGUGACUGAGGCACAGGCUGACGAUGAAGGCGGGACGCUGAUUGCUCGGAAGGUGGGCGAGGCCGUGCAGAGCACUUUGGGAGCCGUGGUGACAGCCAUUGACAUACCACUAGGUGGGUGUAGUGUGUGUGGGAUGAGGGGUUUCAGAGUGCCCCGGGCUGUCACUGUGUCGGGCUUGCUGACCUAGAUUGAGCUGGGCAGCAAGGAGUUGACGGAAAAUUUACGUUUGCUUGCUUCUGCUGAACCUUAGUGGUUUCAUGUUUAAUCCUGGAGGCCAUCUCUUACACCAUCCAUUGCUGCAUAACAAACUACCUGAAAAUGUAAAGGCUUGAAACAACCGCCAUUUUUUUUUUAAUUAUUUUAUUUGACAGAGAGAGACACAGUGAGAGCAGGAACACAAGCAGGGGGAGUGGG